UUUAAAUCAGAUCUAAGAUAAAACAGAUUAUCCUUUUGCAUAAAUUAUUAUUUGUGUUAUUAUUUGUAUUUUGUAAUGUAAAAGUCCAUCGCUCGACAUGUGUCUGAUGAAAGUCUCUUUGAAACUGUGUAACACACCGGUGUCUUCAACUUUAACCUUCAUGAUUCAUAAUGACUAACACGAUAGUGAAAAGCAAAGUCUGGGCUUUUGUGACACACGUUUUUAAUCUGCCAAUGGCUCUUCUUCGACGGAUGAUAACAAACCUGCUUAACCGAGUGAUGAUGAUGAGCUCGCUCCCGCCACCGAAGAUAGACCGACAAGCUGAUUAUAAGAAAAGGAAAAUGGUUGUUGGCUUGGGAAACCCUGGCAUGAAUGGCUCUCGACAUAGUGUUGGUAUGGCUGUUCUCACAACGUUAGCUGAACGUUUAGGAGCGCCAGAUGGCUGGAGAUCUGACCGAAAAGUGUCAGGGGAGGUUUUUGUAACGCAACUGCAGGACGUCCAGCUGGUUCUUCUUCGACCCAAAUUACUCAUGAACGUCAAUGGCGUGAGUGUGGCAAAAGCAGCCAGCAGAUUUUUAAUUCAGCCCGAACAUAUUCUUCUGAUUCACGAUGAGCUUGACAAACCGCUUGGGAAGUUUGGCAUCAAACAUGGUGGAAGUGCAAGGGGUCACAAUGGUGUCAGGUCAUGUGUGGACUGCCUACAGACUGAUGUGAUGCCGCGGUUGCGCAUUGGCAUUGGCCGACCGUCGGAUAAAACGCCCAUCGACCGCUACGUUUUGGGACGUUUUUCAAAAGAGGAACAAAACGUUUUAGACUCCGUCAUGAAGCAAAGUGUGGAUGCACUUCUGGAUUAUCUGACGGACUCGCAAUCCAAGACUUCCCCAGCAGAGGGCAGGAGAGCAGCACUAAAGAAAAAAGCCAGGACACUUUCACCGCCUCAAAACAGCCCAGAAGAGCAAACGCAAAGCUGAGCUACUGAUACUGCACGUCGAGUGUUUGAUUACUGUGUUGUGAAGGAGUUGAGUAUUGGCAUGUUUACAGUCAGGAAGAACAAAACCAUUUCUGAUAACUUUGUUAGGAUUCACCGCACUUGCCACAUUGUGAUGUUAAAGGGAUAGAUCAUCCAAAAAUGAACAUACUGUCAUCAUUUACUCUCCAUUUACUUGUUUCAAACCUUCAUGAGCCUUUUCUGUUGAACACAAAAGAAGAUAUUUUGAAGAAAGUUGGAACUUCCAUAGUUAAAGGGAUAGUUUGCUCAAAUAUGAACAGUGUCAUCAUUUAUUCUCCAUUCACUUAUUUCAAACCUUUAAUGAAUUAUUUCUGUUGAAUGCAAAAGGGGAUAUUUUGAAGAAAGUUGGAACAGUUAAAGGGAUAGUUCACUCAAAAAUGAACAUUCUGUCAUAAUUUACUCUCCAUUUACUUGUUCCAAACCUUCACGAGUCUCUUCUGUUGAACAAAAGAAGAUAUUUUGAAGAAAGUUGGAAGUUCCAUAGUUAAAGGGAUAGUUCGCCCAAAUAUGAACAUAGUGUCAUCAUUUAUUCUCCAUUCACUUAUUUCAAACCUAUAAUGAAUUAUUUCUGUUGAACGCAAAAGGAGAUAUUUUGAAGAAAGUUGGAACAUCAAGAGUUAAAGGGAUAGUUCACUCAAAAAUGAACAUUCUGUCAUAAUUUACUCCCCAUUCACUUUCUUUCAAACCUUCACAAGUGCCGUCUGCUGAACACAAGGAGAUAUUUUGAAGAAAGUUGGAACAUCAAGAGUUAAAGGGAUAGGUCACUUAAAAAUUAACAUUCUGUCAUAAUUUACUCCCCAUUCACUUUCUUUCAAACCUUCACAAGUGUCUUCUGCUGAACACAAAAGAAGAUAUUUUGAAGAUAGUUGGAACUUCCAUAGUUAAAGGGAUAGUUCACCCAAAAUUGAACAUUCUGUCAUCAUUUACUCCCAUUCUUGUUCAAACCUUUCAUGAGUCUCUUCUGUUGAGCACAAAAGGAGAUAUUUUGAAGAAAGUUGGACCUUAGUAGUAGUAGUAGUAAAACUUUAUUGUCCUUGACAGGAAAUUUGUUUUCCCUAUUGAAGUCAGUGGUUACAGGUUUUCAUUUUUCUUCUAAAUGUCUUUUGUGUUCAACAGCUGAAAAAGAAAAGUGAAUGGAGGGUGAAUGAUGACAGACGUUUCAUCGUAGCCUAUUAUUAAAAUAUAAGGUAAAGUUAGUUAAUUGUCUGUUGGAAGAUUUUCAGAAAAUAGUGUUGGCACAAAUUGUGAUGCAGCAGACAACAUUAGAUAAUUUACCAUAGUCAAAAGGAUUUUUCUGAAGAGUUUCUGAAGCUUCAUUAAAGUUCACAAACUUUAUAUAGACUGUUUUAAAUUGAUUGAAUUUAAACAAAUUAAAUAUAAUAUUUCAUAUAAGACAUUAAAAUGUCUUAUAAAAGUAAAAGCAAAUGGAAAUGAAGAAAAUACGCUUGAUUUUAUUAAUUGGACAUGUAAAAAAUAACUUAAUAUAUUUUGCUAAAAUUACUUUUUUAUAUUAUAUAUAUAUUAUUAUUUUAAUGAAUGUUAUUUUAUUUUUUUGUGAUUAUUUAUCUAUUGCAGAACAAAGCCAGUAUACAUUGCAACAACUAUAUACAAGCCAGGGUUUGCAUUAAAUGAAAGUACCAUUAAAAAUAAAUAAAUAAAAAGGAAAAGAGAAAAACUGGGGUGAGAAGUGACCUUUUUACACCUCUAAUAUAAUAUUAUUUAUCUUUCUGUACGCUUUAGUUUAUUUAGUUUAAUUUUUCUCAAUAAAAUCACACCAUGCUUUGAU